CAUAGGCAUAGACAUGGUUUUUCUUUUGGGCAAACCUGCUCAUUGAGAAGGGAGGUGGCAAAACCUGUUUGAGGGUGAGGUUACCUCCCUUCCACACCUUGCUUCUUAGAGGCAAGACAACAACAGCUGAGGCAGAGAAAGGGUAGAGAAUUGUUGGGGAGCUGGGGCAACCAACUCCCCGAAAACUCCAGGUGUUAAGGAAGGGGACAGAUUUGUGAAGAUGGGAACCAUACAAGAGGCAGAAGAAAAGACAUUGGCUCUUGGGUAAGUAAGAUCUUAGCUAACUUGGUUAGAAACAAAAAGUGAAUAGUCUUGGGACUUUCCCACCAUCCAGCUCUUACCAGGUCUAAUCUCAGGUUCCUAGAGGCGAUAAGGCUGUAAGAGAAUUAAUUUACAGACAAGGGAUGGGGGUAGCUGUCUGUAUGGGAAGUAGGGGACAGGGAGUCCAGAGUAAUUUCCUACUGUGUUUUUUUAAAAGAAAGUUUCUAUAUUUUGUGUCUGAUAAGUCUGCCCCUAUUCCCUGUUUUCUAACCCCCACCCUCGAGAAUGGCUAUUAGGAAAGCUGACCCAGAACUAAGUUUAGGUCUAGGUUCUCCCCAGCAAUCUCUCUUCCCCCUUACCUCCUUCCCCACCCCUCCACCUAGACUGUGGUUUCCCCUGACCACUCCCCAGUAUGGUGGAGGAAAGGCAGGCCUGCCUAGGUGCCAUCUUCCUAAACUUUGCCCAGUGACUCCUGGGCAGGUCUGUCAGCUUCCAGCCAAUUGUAAUGUGGAAUACUUCCCACCCCUACUGUGUAGGUGGAGCAACUGUCACAGAGGUAAGUAAGAUUAACUUUACAUACUAUCCUUCCUCUGCUCCUAAACCCAACAGUUGGGGUGAUCUGUUUUGAGCAAGUGGUGAAGAUGAUAGAAACAUCUGUCAACAAGAUGAGUUCUUUUUAAGGCCUGUUCUCUGCUCUGCACCUUAAUUACUAUUCUUCAUGCCAGUGUCUCCUACCUACAAUUCAGUUCCCUCAAGACGUCUAGUUUGUCUCACGAUAAUCUUUUCUUCCCGGGGAUGGGGGACUAUCUUAGGGUCGGGGAGAACGCAGAAGAAGCAGGACUAGGAGCAUCCCUGAGACUUGGGGAACUGGAGCUGAAGGAGGAAUGGCAGGAUGAAGAAUUCCCUAGAUUGCUUCCUGAAGAGGCUGACUCUUCUGAAGAUCCUGAUGAUCCCCAAAGAGACUCACAGGCAGGUACCCCCAGCACUUUAGCCUUGUGUGGCCGGCGCCACAUGCGUAAACGUCUUUCUGCCCCAGAGUUGCGACUGAAUUUGACGAAGGGGCCUGGAGAUAAUGGCUCUUCUCCCACCCUCUCUGUACCUUCCUCUCCUGAUGGCAGUUCUGACCUGGAAAUAGACGAAUUGGAGACACCUUCAGACUCUGAGAAGCUGGACAGUGGACAUGAAUUUGAAUGGGAAGAUGAGCUGCCCCAGGCGGAGGGUCUGGGGGCGAGCGAGGCAGCUGAAAGGCUGGGCCAGGGUUGUGUGUGGGAUGUGGCUGGAGAAGACGGUCAUCGCUGGAGGGUGUUCCGAACAGGGCAGCGGGAGCAGCGAGUGGACAUGACUGUCAUUGAGCCCUAUAAGAAAGUCCUGUCUCAUGGAGGUUACCAUGGUGAUGGCCUCAAUGCUGUCAUCCUCUUUGCUUCCUGUUAUCUACCCAGAAGCAGCAUCCCCAACUAUACCUAUGUCAUGGAACACUUAUUUAGGUAUAUGGUGGGAACUCUGGAGCUGCUGGUGGCUGAAAAUUAUCUGCUUGUUCAUUUGAGUGGAGGCACAAGCAGGGCCCAGGUUCCACCUCUGAGCUGGAUACGCCAGUGUUACCGGACUCUAGAUCGGCGGCUAAGGAAAAACCUGCGCGCCCUGGUAGUCGUCCAUGCUACAUGGUAUAUGAAGGCAUUCCUGGCACUGCUUCGGCCCUUCAUCAGUUCCAAGUUCACACGAAAGAUUCGUUUUCUGAACAGCCUGAGAGAACUGGCCCAACUCAUCUCCUUGGAUCAGGUCCACAUCCCUGAAGCUGUCAGACAGCUGGACCACGAUCUCCAUGGCUCAGAAAGGACCUAGCAUUUAGGACUGGAAUAAAGGGCCUUAGAACCAAGCAAAGAUAUCGAUCUGCCUACACCUUAACCCCAGAAACACCUAAGCUGUUCUGUAAACCAUCUCAUCCUCAACCCCAGUACCCCUGGAUCUUUACAUCUCAAUGUGGUGUCAUUCCUUCCGUGACCUUGCCUUCAGAGCUGGGGGUUUUGAGGGCUGGAACCUGAUCUGGUUGGUGGCUUUCAUUUCAGCACGUAGUGGCAUUUUGCAUGGGAAAGUGCAAAGCUGUGGGUCUUAGUCCUGCUUUAGCUGUAGAGCCCUGGGCAGUAACUACAUCUCUGAGUCAUUUUCAUCAUCUUGAAGGAAGGGGCUGAGGUCCUUCCCACCGGGGGUAUUCGAGCAAUCCUGAAGGCGGGGCGCUGUGGGAAGGGCAGGGCU